AUGUGGACUCUCGCGUCACACGAGCUCCCUCCGUCUCCCUCAUCGCGUUUGCUCCCUUCGUUGCCAUCGUCGUACGAGUUCUCUCCACUGUGCUCUUGUCUUACGAGCUCCUUCUGCGUCGCUCUCGUCGCUGCUUCUUCUCUCCUCGCUGGAAGUUUGUCAUCAUCUCUUCUCGUCGCCGUUAGUUCAGGAGAAGGUUACGAACUUGUACAAAUCCAGAGGAAGAAGAGGAUCCUGAAGCAGAGGUUGAAGGUUCCACCAGCUUUGAACCAGUUCACCAAGACCCUUGACAAGAACCUAGGCAGGAGGUCUUGUUUUUAGAUAAUGAGAUUGCCUUCAAUGAGGCUAUCAUUGAAGAAAGAGAGCAAGGCAUUAAAGAAAUUCAGCAACAAAUUGGUGAA